AUGCCACGCCAUGGCAUGCCCCGCCUGCUGUCCGGUCGCCAGAGAGCUGGGCACCUGCGGGACGGCUGGGCCGAGGGAGGAGUGGAGAGCAGGCGCGGAGGGAACAUUCUUGGCCGAGGGCUGUGGGCGUCCCGAGGGCGUGCCGCAGGUCUGACCGCGGGCGCCACUCACCUUUUGGCCCAGCGCAUCUGCUGCCGCCGCCUCGUCCUGUCCUGUCCACCUCGCCUGCCGCCGUGCCGCUCUAAUUGUGCCCCCGCUGACUCCCUGGCCCAGGCCUUUCCCAGCAUGCUCUCUGGCUGUGUGCGCUCGUUGCACAGCUCCUGCCAAGAACUGCACUCUCCCCCUGCAGACAGCACAAGCACCUCCACAAGAUCAAUUUUUUAUGAGCGUGUUGGGAUGCUGAGGUUCAGUGUGUUUGUCUGCCUUCACCAAGUCAGAAAUAGAGGACUGCAAGGGCGUCUGGCGAGAGGGCCGUGCGGGCGCGAGAGGCCCGUGCGGGCGGGCGGCCGCUUCGCUGCGCUGCGGUUGGACGUGCUGCCAGGGGACAAGCGGACACAUGAGCACGGACUCCGGGCUGAGCUGCCUCCCAGGAUGCAGCCCGCUCCCCCUAAUAGAGGGGGCGAGAAGGAGCGCACUCAGGUGACUCGGCUCCCGCCGUCAGGAUGCAGACGAGGGCCCGUGUCCAAACGCGUGUCGGGAUGUUGUCGUCGUCACCUAAUUGGCCUUUGGGAGCUCCGUGGCGUUGCUGUCGCUCCUGGCUCCUGUAAGAUGCUCCACCUGCUUUGUGCUGCAGCCACGCGGCUGGAGAUCAGCUCUUUGUUGGUAAGCCGUAUUCCAGUGGAGAGCUGUGAGCAGUACCGUGGCUGCAGCGAGUGCCUGGGUUCGGGGGAUCCCCACUGUGGCUGGUGUGUCCUCCACAAUGUGUGCUCGAGGAAGGACCGUUGUGAAAGGGCCGAGGAGCCCCAGCGUUUCACCUCCAGGAUAGACCAGUGUGUGCGUCUCAGUGUGCAGCCCAGCAACAUCUCAGUCACCAUGUCAGAAGUACAGUUAGUCCUGCAGCCCCAGAAUGUGCCUAACUUGGCAGCCGGCGUCAACUGCUCCUUCGAGGAUUAUGUGGAGACGGAGGGCUACCUCCUGGGCUCGCGAAUCAUCUGCCGCUCACCCACAGCUCGAGAUGUGGCCCCCAUCACACGCAACACACCAGGAGACAAGCGCGUCAUCAAGCUCCAUCUGAAAUCCAAAGAGACGGGCAAGAAGUUUGCCAGCGUGGACUUUGUCUUCUACAACUGUAGUGUCCACCAGUCGUGUCUCUCGUGUGUCAACGGCUCCUUCCCGUGCCACUGGUGCAAGUACCGGCACAUGUGCACCCACAACGCCAACGACUGCUCCUUCCAGGAGGGCCGGGUCAACAUGUCCGAGGAGUGUCCUCAGAUCCUGCCCUCCACGCAGAUCUACAUUCCGGUGGGGGUGAUGAAGCCCAUCACGCUGCUAGCCCGGAACCUUCCGCAGCCGCAGUCGGGUCAGCGCAACUACGAGUGCAUCUUCCACAUCCAGGGCUCGGUGUACAGCGUCACGGCUCUGCGCUUCAACAGCACCAGCAUCCAGUGCCAGAAGACCACGUAUGACUACGAAGGAAAUGACAUCAGCGACUUACCUGUCGACCUCUCUGUGGUAUGGAAUGGCAACUUUGUUAUCGACAACCCUUACAACAUACAAGGUAUGCAAACUUCCCUUAACACAUGCCCUUUCUCACUCACUCACUGA